UGUCACAUCACUACGGGUUACUGGUUGUUGUUACAAUCACUGAUUCGUAUCUUUUUAGCCGUUUGUGCUGACUCGUAUCCAGAGAAUGAGAAUCUAAAUAUUUUAUAGCCAUGCGUGAUCACAAUAAUUCAAUAUGUCCUUAGCGCUAUAUUUGCUUACUAAAUCACACGCUGACUCGUAGCAACGAAAUAAAAAACAAAAUCAACAUUCUUAUUGCUUUAAUUCUCGGAGGAACGCAAUUCCUAAGACAUCGACAUUCAAUUCCUAAGACGACAAGAAAAAGCUUGAAGUCUUGUAUAAACUAAAAUGAUCUUGGAUAGAAGCAGGUAUUACUUUGCGGAAGUUCGUCAUUAAUAGAUGAUAUGAGAUCACUCAUAAUUCACAGACAUUAUCAUCUUUUUACCCUUAGCCCACAUAGAUGGGGUCGGCGAAAUAUGUCAUUCUUCUCCAUUCGUCAACCGUCUCUAUUUCUCGACAACUCUUCAUCCACACUCUUUGCACACAUGUCCUCUUUCACACACUCCAACCAUCUCUUAUUUGGCCUUCCUCUCCUCUCUUGUCCUUCCACUUGCAAAUUCAAGAUUAUUUUUUUCUAGUAACAUGACUUUCGUCCCUCCGCAAUACAAUCAUGUCCAUAACGAGCUAACCUUUUACUCCUCAAUUUUUCUGUCACGGCGUCACUUUCAGACUUCCUCAUAAAAUACAUAAAAGUAAAAAUAACAUGUCUUUGUCUGUGAAUUCAAGGGGCAUUCCUUAUUUUAAUAAUAUGAUUCACAGAUAAAGACAUGAUAAUUUUACUUUUUGGACUAUUUGUAGGCACUUAAUGGAGCAUAAAAUGGACCAAGAUCAAAUUCUUCACAUGUGUUUAACACAAAAACCAGAACUUCAAAUUUAUCAUACUUUAAAGAAGCGCGCCGUACGCAUUCGGUCGUCGCCGAUCGCGUUUCAAGAGCCGGCAGGUGACUGAAUCGGAGAAUGACCGUAAAAGACGUCCCAGUGCAGUGCAAGACUCGUGUUGUGUUGUGAAACAGUGCGGACUCGCGUCGUUACAUAAGUUCGGGAUGAGUGAGGCACGCUGCCCGCCCUGACGCGUCGCGCGCCGGCGUCCGCGGCGGGCGGCGCUCGUGUCAUGGCCCCGGCGCUCACGGUGCCACCCCAGUUUGCGCGCUUCGACUCGGCUGCCGAGCCAGACCUCGCCCACCGGAGACGGGCCCUCGCGCCCGUCGACAAUCGCGCCUCACUCAUGGACGAGGACGACAUGGGCCUCCAGAACCAGCCCAGCCUGGCCAAGGACUCGCAGGAGAUGGAACAGAUCCUCGUAGACCUGGGCAGCAGUGACAUAGUUCAAGCAGACCUGUUCCAGGCAAUCAAAACCUUAGAGAGCGGCGGCGAUAACCUCUCCACAGGUGACGCCGAAGGUAUUUUCCCCUUGAGCGGCUUUGAUUUGACAGACACUGUGGACUCUGAGGGUGAUGCCGCUGAGGAUAAAAUAAGGCUGCUACAAGCGCGGUUGGAGCGGCGCUGCGCGUUUCUUUUGCGGCGUUUGCGAAUACUGCAAGGGCGCGCUAUCGGGAAACGAAUAUCAGAGGAGGUCACUCAGACUUUUGAGAAAAGCACCCGUGGUGCCCGGAAAGAUGGUGGAGGGAGACCUUUGGGGCUAAAAGCUCUCUUGAAAAGAAUAGAGACCACUGCUGCACUCCAGGCCAGUGCUGCAUCACGGACUGUGGUUGGCCCCAAGUACUAUAAAGCUGGGACAUCAAAAGGUGAUGCGUCAAGAUCAGCAUCUAUAGGAAUUUCGUCUGGGACUCUUACUGGUCUGGAUGAUUCAGCUGGUGCACUGCGCUCGCACUUGUCGGUAGUGAAACAUCAGCUGGACUCUGAUGCCACCGCCUCAUCCUCGGGGGCAGAGAGUAAUGAUGAAGCUGUCACAUACAACAAUGUCCACCAACAGCCCAUGCCAAUUGAGAAGCGUGCGCUGUGGACGUGGCAGAAGACGCGCGCGUCCAUCGCGUCGCGCUGGUGCUGGCUGCAGGUGCAGGUGCAGGAGCUGGAGUACAAGAUACGGCAGCACAACGAUCUCCAUAGACAGGUCCGCGAGGCGAAAGGCGCGGUGCAGCUGGAGGGCUACUCGGGCAGCCUGCCCGGCGACGCGGACGAGACGUGCGCGCGCGUGCGGCCGCUGCGCAGGGACGCGUUCAACAAGCGCAAGCUGCUGCAGAUGCACAACCUGCACAUCGCCACCACCAAGGCCGCCAAGCCCGCCGACGUCAAAUGCAGUUGCCAGUACCGCACGGAGAGCUGCGCGGUGUGCACGGGGCGCGCCGAGCCCACGCAGCCCGCGCCGCCCUUCAGCACGCUGGCGCCCGCGCAGCGCCUGGCGGCCGUCGACCCCGCCUACCACCCCGUGCUCAGCGACAUUCGAGACGUAUCGCCCGCCAUCCACAUGGAAGCGCUGUCAUCGCGCUCGUGGUUCCGGUCUCGCUUCGGCAAGUCGUGGCGAGGCGCCCACCACGCCUCCGCGCCGCGCGCCGCCCACCACUCCGCCUCCCCACCGCAGUCCACGCCCAGACCUGUCAAGAAGGUGCCCACAAGGUUGAAAAGAGGCCGUCCGCCGUUGUCGCGGAAGAUCGCCAAGGAGCGAGACCAAAACGACGAAGCGGUCACGUCCGGACAAGAGAGCAGGCGCGCGCGCAGCAGCACAGAGUGGCGUGCGGUGCGACGACAGUCGUACGACAUCGACAACAUCGUCAUACCGCAGAGCAUCGCCGCCAACACGCGCCCCGAGAUACUCACCUACAAGGAGAUCAUUACGCCCAAGUGGCGAGUGAUGGAGAUACCAGAGAGACCACUAAACAACGGCGUAAUGAAGUCCUCACGGAUGUCUGUGGAUAGUGAGGACGAGGACAUAUCCGAGGUGGCGGUGCACGCGCGCCACUCGCGAGCGGAGGCGCGCGAACGCGACCGGUACGCGCGCAAGCAGCGCACGCGCCGCGCCAACGCCGACGCGGACAACAACCACGACGAGCCGCAGCCGCAGCCGCAACCGCAGCCGCAGCCGCAGCCGCAACCUAUGCUGCCGCCCGUGCAGCACGAGGCUAGUUGCUUUCGAUACUCUAUUUUACUCAAAAACUUGACAUUUAUCAAGUAAUAAUAGAAGCCAAAAUCUAUACUAAUAUUAUAAUGCUGAAAAGUUUGUUUGUUUGUUUGUUUGUUUGUUUGUUUGAUUGAACGCGCUAAUCUCAGGAACUACUGGUUUGAUUUGAAAAAUUCUUUCAGUGUUAGAUAGCCUAUUUAUCGAGGAAGGCUAUAGGCUAUAUAUUAUCCCCGUAUUCCUUUGGGAACGGGAACCACGCGGGUGAAACCGCGCGGCGUCAGCUAGUUUUUAAUAUAAUUAAACAAUUCUUUAUAUUUGACACAUAAAUGUCGCGGUGGCUUGUAGAUGCGGUCACGGACACGGUGUAUAAACAAUAUCUAGUGAACAAAAGAUUUACACGCGAAAUCGCGUGAAUAAAAGUAAAUGAAAUUUUACUAACACAAACCACUCACAACCGUAACCUAUAUAUUAUUUCAGACAGUGAGACCAUACUCACCGAGGCAGUUCCCUCUGCGGGACAACCAGUACCAAGAAAUGCUUGCCAGCAUGCCCGAGGGCUUUCGGCCCAGCAGUCCGGAGCCUACUCCUCCGAGGAUAGACGAGGAGUGUGAUGACUCCAGCACCAUGUCUCCCUUGUCUCCGUUCGUCUACGAGGGUGAUGAUCCCGAUGAUGCUGAAUGGGACCCCAAGGUGGAGAAGUCUGAACGUAGACGGAGUAUGAUGAGAUGAAAAGCAAAGUAAGCCCUUCUAUAUAUAGUUAUAUGUAUCGACUAUAGCUGCAGCAGCUUUUAAUGUAACUUUUGUGUUAAUGUUUGACAUUAAGCAUAAAAUAACAAAAAAAAAAGAUCAUUUCUGUUAUUGUGAUAUAGGUAAACUGUGAUGGCCGUUUUGACAUUUAGUGAUGCAAUAUAAUAUUUCCUAAUAUUGAAGAAAAUACAGUCAAAUGAUAUGGAGGUUUUCUUAGAAGUCAUUAAAUAGUUUAGAAUGUUUUACUAAAACAAAAUUCCAAACUUCAUGUUUUAAGUUAAGGACACAAAUGAAAAACAAUAAAACACUUGUCUCUGUAUGUUUAGCAACAAUUUGCAAUAAAACGAAAAAAUUACAAAAGUUAUAAGACUCCAGUAGUUAUAAUCAACAACAACAACAACAACAACAACAACAACAACAACAACAACAAUGGAGUACUGAUUCUUCUUUCCCUCGAAUAUAACCUGUCAGGUUUUACAUAACUUUAUGAACAUCACAUAUGUCAUUAUGGCCUUCAUAGAGUGUCAUACAUAUGACAUCAAUUUGGGUAUUACUUAUAUUCAUAAGCAUUGCAAAUGUCAUUAAGGCUUUCAUAUUAUGUCAUACAUAUGACAUCAAUCACUGAACCCAGUGUUAAAACCCAGAGUCAAUAAUAAUUGUUGUAUAACGAAUCUGAACAUAAUUUGGAAAAAAUAUUAUUUUUUGUGGGCGCUCCCAGGCAAAGUUAUUAAUAUUUCUGGUCAGGGUUAAUUACGUAACUUAUUCGAUCGCGACGAUUACAAUGGAUAUUUUGUCAACUGUGCCAAUAGGAUCAAGGUAAUUUACAUUUUUUUUUUUUAUUCUUUCCCAUGGCGAAAAGGCAAAGGUAUUAAUGUAAUUUACAAUAAAGUCACUCUUGUUAUAAAUAAGUAUUAUUAUUUAAUUUGUAAAGUAGAAUAUUUGCUAUAGGGAAACUAGGUUGUAGGAAGAAUAAAUUAGUUUUAGCUUUCAGUGGUGGUUUUGUAGUAUAAAAUAACCCAUAAAAAUUUCAAAGCAGACAGUUGGCGAAUUUUAAAAUUUUACGCUAGAGAUUAAAAAAACAAAAUAUAUCUUACAAUGAAAUAAUAAUUUGAAGGAUUAUUUAGUACUAGCGGACGCCCGCGACUCCGUUCGCGUAAAAUUCUGUUUAUCACAAAUCCCACAAAACUUUUAUGUGAUAAAAAGUAGCCUGCGUGUUUAUCCAGAGUAAAAUAUAUUUCCAUUCCAAAUUUCACCGAAAUCGCUUCAGUAGCCGCAUUGCAAAGAAGGAACAAACACUUACACACACGCAAACUUUCGCUGUAAUUACAGACACAGACACACACAGACACAGAGAUAUUGUUGUUUUAAUCUCUAGCCUAAAUUUUUAAAAACACCAACUUUCUUUAUACCAUUGGUGUAGUUGACAAGGCAUUACAUACAUUAAACAUACGUGUUACAUUGAAAAUAUUUUUCGUAAUUCAGCCUGUUUUUUUUUUUUAAAUUCUUAAAUUUCACAUAAACAUUGAUUAUCUUCAAUAUAUACGACGUUUGAGCUAGGAUUUCUGCUUGUAAUUUUAACUUUUUAUGUAUACAUACAUAAAAUUAUCUGUAUACUGUUAUCAAUUUAAGAAAGCGUUUGCUAAACUAAAGCUUUAUUAAUGUUAAGAUAAAAGAAAAUUGCAUUGUAAUAUAUCUUGGUGUAUAAUAUAAUGAAGUGUUGGUUUAAGUUCUAUAGUGAUGUAAGUUUCGUUAUUCUCGUCUAGAUUUUAAUAGUCAAAGAGACAGUGGGAAGUUAUGUGGAGAUAAUAAUAUAAAUAUUUGUUUUAAAACGUCUACGACGUUUCUCAAAUAUUUAUGUGUGUAAUGCCAAAAUAAUUUUCCGUAGCACACUAUAACAACUGCACACACUCUGUACCAACUUCUGCCUUCGAUUCGGAGGGCGUAGGUUCGAAUCCGGUCCGGGGCGAGCACCUCCAACUUAUCAGUUGUAUGCAUUAUAUGAAAUCACUAGUCUCUGUGAAGGAAAAACAUCGUGAAGAAACCAGCAUACUUGAGAAUUUUCCUAAUUCUCUAUGUGAGUGAAGUUUGCCAAUCUGCAUUUGGCCAAUGUGGUUGACUAAGGCCUAUCCCCUCUCAUUCUAGGAAGAAACUCGUGCUCAAUAUGUGUGUGAGUGAGCCGAAUAUGGGUUGUUAAUGAAUGAUGAUAAAUAUAGAAUAUAUGUAUUUUGUAUAUUCAAAAUAAUAUUACUAUUGUUACAUCCAAAUGGGAGCAGCUAUUUUAUCUAUACCAUAAGUAUGGAUAUUAUAAUACUAUUAAAUUAACAAGAUACGCGCGAAAAACAUAACCUUUCUUACAGUCGGGAAAAAAAGAGAGGAAAAAAAAGAGGAAAUUUUUGGUACAUAAAUAUUAACGUAUUAAGAUAUCGGCGGUAUUUUAGGUUUUAGUGCUAGUUCUCUUUAAUAAAUCGCUCUGUAAGAAACAAUAAUUGAACUUGAAAAACUCAAGUCGCAGCAUUUGUCAAGUGUCUGUUCAAAACUUUCCGUCGCCUCUUUGACUAUCGUGUAAAAAUAUUGCAUAGUACAUAAGUGUAGGCUAACCCUUACAUUCCUAGCAGUUCAAACUUCUACUCAAAUAACUGGUUUAGAAAUUUAUUUGUGUUAUGACUAUUUUAAAUUCUAAUCUAAGGGAGACUUCACACUUUCCGUGAAAUAAUUCGCUAACUGUGAGACUGUUUUGCCCUAGUGUGUAUGUAGCCAAGAUUUUCACAUUCAAAGACGGUUAAAAAAAGUCAGACUGUUCAGGGCAAGUCUAAAUGUCGGGGAAAAAUUUAGAUUUUUUUCUAGUUACCUAAAGCGAGGGAUGAUAAUUUAUACCUUUAAUUCAGUUGAAUUUUUACCUUCCGUUUUAACUUUACAGUUUCAUCCAAUGAUAUUGCAAUUAGAUUAUUAUCAGUUCCACUGUGAACUGUGCAGUUUUAAGUUUUGCCUAAACAUGGAUGAUUUAACUAAAACUGUGAAAUUAAAAUUGAAAGCCAGUAACCCGCACAAUGCUGGCUCAUAGUUAGCGGUUAAAUUUACAUCUUGUGUAAAUGCUCCUUUAAAAUAUUAAAUGUUUAUAAUAUCUAGAUGUUGUAAAAACAAAAUAGAUGUUAAAUUGAAAAGUACUUUUGAUAUUUUCUCGUUCUUCGCGAUGUCAUAUAUUAUAAGUAAUUAUGUAAUUUAGCCUUCUGUUAAAGUUGUAGUUAAAAAAAAAAAUAGUUUUCUAAAACCAAAAAUCAAAUAUAAUAAUAAUUAGGUUCGAAACAUAAAGUAAGUGAAUACAAUUUAUUUAGAGCAUUUAUUGAAGACAGAGAUUUUUGAUAAUGUUUGAACUUGUUGAAAAGUGAAAUAUAUUUGUUUGAUCCACACUUGUCACUUGUACAUUAAACUAUAUGGAAAACACAAGUAUGGAGAACCUUCUCAUUAUAAAAAUAAAUAUGUACAUGCAUAUAUUAUAAUCCAAUCAUCUUAUUCCACUCAGAACUACAAAGAAUUUUCAAAAAUCUUGAAUGACAUUUAUAAUUUUUUUUUUUUUUUGGUAGUUUGGUAGUACACAUACAAAUUGUUACAAAUGUAACUUUACAUACAAACUUUCUACCCCUGUUUCACCCCCUUCUUGAUUUAAUUUUCGCGACAGAAAGUAUCCUGUAACUAAAUAUGUAUUAUUAAUAAGUAAGUAGUCUCUAAUUGUGUCAUGUUUCAUUUAAAUUCAUAGAGUAGUUUCAGCGUGAUGCCCGGUCAAAAGACCACAGACAAAAAAUUAAAAAAUAUUUUUGAUUUCAGUAUUAAUUAUUAAAAUUUUCAAAAUAUCUUCAAUGUACAGAAUUUGACCUGUUACAGUUUUAUAGUAUAAUAGAAUAUACACUUAUCAUUCUUGCAAGAUUUUUCUUGUACUUACAUGUCAUGUAUAAAUUCAAAAUCUGACCGAUAGUUCCUGAGAUUAAGCUUUUUUUAUUGACGAACAUGCAAAUUCUUUAUAUUUACGAUGUUUGUAUAGACUCUAAACUUGUGCUUUUAUAUGUAAUCAUCUUGCAUCUAGAAAAGAGAAAUUUUGAACCUUUAAUACAAUUUUUGCACAUUUUAAGGGUCGGUGGUUGAACCGAUGUUAUAGCUUGGCAACUUCGUUCGUAACACUCCGUCCGUGCGGGCCGAGGGGCGCGUAGCGAUGAAUGAAAAACCCACGACUAAAACCUAAUAAAAAAAAAAUUCAUCUAAAUAGAUGCAAGAUGUGUAUGAAAAGAUUGCAGGUAUGGAGUUAUCCCUAUUCACCUUUUGUAAAAUAAUGUUGUAAUGUAAACUUUGAUAAAUGAAGGAUGCCUUCGCUCUAUUUCAAUAUAUCUAUGUCUAUUUAUGUGUAACCGUCGCAUCUACAAAACUUUAUGGUUUUAAGAACUAUAUAUAGAUAAAAUAAAUAGUGCAGUCAGGGAGCCGUGUCAGGAUUAAACUUUUUAUCCAAAAUUCAAAAUAAAAUGGCGAAUUAUAAGUUACAUAUAAAAUUAGUGCCAUAUAAAUUAAAAUUACUAAAAUAACAACAAAUUGAAACCACAUGUUGUAAACCCAGUGCUGGAUUGUAGCCAAGUUGCUCAUCAUUUCUCUUUCUACAUACGCCAACGCUUCGAAUACUAAAAAAUGUAUGGGAAUGACAUAUGUUGUCGAUGUCACGUGAUCAACCUAACAUUUUUUUAGGUUUUUGAAGAAUUAGCGACACUGACGACAGAAAAGCGUUCCAUACUUUGAUAGUUCGACAGUUCAGACUAAGAAUCGUUGAGUCGAAACGUUUGGUGUGGGUUGUCUGAAUGUGCAACAUGGCUAAGCCCUCUUUAUAGUCUAACGAGUUCGUUGUUGACACUCCCAUGAUAUGCGCGUGGGAAGUGAUCAGUGGUGGGUUUUUCAUUCAUCGCUACACGCCCCCCCCCCCCCCCCCCCCCCCCCCACCUGCGCGUAUCAUCGGGAGUGUUACGAACGAAGAAGCUAUAGAAUGGCUCACUAAAUUAUUUUUUUAAUUGUAAAUUUUGAGUCCCUGCGUAGUUACCCUGUGUGAAUAUAAAAAGUAAAAUGGGCUCACAUAAAAACUAAAUUUCUUCCCAUAAUUGCAUGCAGUUUUCAUUCGGCAGAAAAAAAAAAGUUUUAUGACUGUCUUUGAAUCAGUAUUUUUCUACCGUCAAAUGCUUACCCUGACCGGAUAACCUGUGCACAUCAUAAUAUCUGUGUAUAUUAAAUAUUCAUUGAAACAAAAUGAACAUUUUGGAAGUGUUAAAAUAUGUAUUUGUGUUAUUUUUCCAAUAAUAAUAAUAAUUCGAUGUAGUGUUAAGUGUAAGUAUGUAGUUGGUACGCGCCCGAACACGCCAAGCGGACUGUAAAUAUUAUAGACAGGGCACUGGAUAGUGACUAACAAAUAAAUAGACUGGCUAUAUAAAUAAAUAAUUUGAAUCUCUAUAAGAGUUUAUUCACUUCACCUUUUGUUGUUUUGCCAAAUUCUAUGGGCUGUAUUGUAAUUUACUGUUUUAAGUUAAUUAUUUUAUAUCUUACUAGCUUUUGCACGCGGCUUUGCUCGCGUAUAUAGAUUUUGCCAACAAAAUGUCAUUCACACAUUUAAAUAGGUUUGUCAUUUUUUAAUUACCAACAUUUUUCGAUUUUCAGAUUUUCCUGUUGACUUUCAUUUUAUUAGAUAAUUUUAUCAAUAAUAAUAAAAUUGGUCAAUUCAUUUUCCAAGUUUAACGAACAGCAAAUUGGUUUUAUUUAGGUAAAUUUCGAAUUGUUAUCAUAUUUUUUAUUCUGUUAAAAUUUCGAGGCAUUCUGUUAUUAUAUUCGCGGCAAUGUAGGCUUCAAUUAUAAACAUGUACAUAUAAAAGAAAAAAAAGAUAUUUAAUAAAAAAGCUGUUAACUCUUGGACGCCAUACUUAGCAACCUAUAAGUAUAAAAAAUUAUAUUGCUUUUAUUUUUAAAUCAACUGAAACCUACAUUUUGUAUGGCUUUCCAAAUUGACAAUAUCAGAUUUUUCUGUUUCAAGAAAUUUUGAAUAUAUAACAAAGUUGAUUAAUUUUAUAGAUGAUUGUAUAUUUGGAGAUUAAAAAAAAACGCAUGUCUGUUUCAAAACUAAACUAAAAUUUAAAAUUACAGGUUUUAAAGAGUAAAGAAUUUAUUUUGUCUGGUCGUACAUUUUUAGAUAUUUUAAUUUUGGAAAAUUAAAAAAAUAUUAAAUACUUGACAUUUAACGGUUUGAUUUAAAUUGUAGUAUUAAAGUGUACAGACUGCAGUAGGGUCAGAAAAACAAAAACAUGUAUGUUAAAUUAUCCUGUCGUUAAAUGGUUUUCGAUGUCACACUGUCCCUUGAAUGUAAAUUAAAACACAGUAAAAGGUAUAUUAACACCUUCACAGUCCCCUUACAAAGCUAUCUUACCACCCCACAAGUGCCUACUAUUUCCCAAGUAGGCUCAAUGGCUUGUGAGGAGAAACCUACGUGAGCCCACAUCGGGCUCACGGAAUUGUGAGGGAAAAAUAUACGUGAGCCCACAUUGUACUCGUGAGAAGAAACUGGCGUGAGCCCACGUUGGGCUCACUGGACUGGGAACGUGUUAACACAGCACACACAGCAUGUAUUUUUAAAUUAUUUUGACGGACAGAUGAUGUGUGACAAAGAAAUCCGUUUAUUAAAAAAAAAAUAUUACUGCUACUACUGCGACAUCGAAAUCCGUUUAUUAAAAAAAAAAUAUUACUGCUACUACCAUUCGCUGCCACUUAAACAUGUUUUUGAUUUACACAAAACGUUUUACUACUAUGCACAUCUAAAACUGUUUUCCGUGAGUAAAACAAUUACAUAUUAUAUAUAUACAUUGAUACUUCUAUAAAAUUUCAGUUUAAUAUUGAUACUGUCUUAUUACUAGAUUGGACUUCGAUAUUUUGCUUUUUUGCCUUAAUUUAUUCAGAAUUAGCAAUGUCAUUUGAUGCUAAGUGUAAAAGUUGCGUGAAUACAAAUUGAAUAUAAAAAAAUUACCACAACGUUUGUUGAUAAAAAAACAUAGCAUUUUGUUUUUAUUAUUAUUAUUGUACUUGUAAAGAGCGUGACAAAUUAGAUAGUUUAUAUUUUAAUGUUUUCCAAUUUGAUGGGAGCCAAAGUGUUUGGUUAAUGUAAUGAUUGUUUUUAUGUAUACGUGUGGAGGCGCUUGAGGUGCGUGUUGUAAAUGUUAGUACGGACAGUAAGAAAUAAAAAAAUGAUAAGUUA